GAGAAGCGCUUCGACUUCGACGGCGUGCUGGGCCAGGCCGCGACGCAGGCCGAGGUCUACGACGCCACGGCGGCGUCGCUCGUCGCGCGCGUCUUCGAGGGCUACAACGCGACGGUCAUGGCCUACGGCCAGACGGGCAGCGGCAAGACGCACACGAUGGGCGAGCCGCUCGACGCUUUGAGCACGUCCCCCGGCGACGCCGGCGAGGGCGUCAUCGGCCGCGCGCUCGGCGAGGUCUUCGCGCGGCGCGCGGCGUCGCCCGAGGCGACGACGGUCCACCUGAGCUACCUCGAGGUCUACAACGAGUGCGUCUACGACUUGUUGGCGACGCACGAGGACCGCGAGCCGCUGGGCGUCCGCGAGGACGGCGGCGCGGUCGUCGUGCCGGGCCUGAGCGAGCACGACGUCGCGGCCCGCGGCGCCGCCGACGCGCUGCUCCACCGCGGCGCCCUGCGGCGCCGCACGGGCGCGACGAAGAUGAACGCGGGGUCGUCGCGGAGCCACGCGCUCCUCACGGUGCGCGUCGCGACGGCGAGCGGCGCCGUGGGCAAGCUCGUGCUCGUGGACCUCGCGGGCAGCGAGCGGGCGACGCGCACGGGCGCCGAGGGCGCGCGGCUCAACGAGGGCAUCAUGAUCAACAAGGGCCUGCUGGCUUUGGGCAACGUCGUCUCCGCGCUCGCGGAGCGCACGGAAGCCUCCGGCGCCGCGCGCCACGUGCCCUUCCGCGACAGCAAGCUCACGCGGUUGCUGCGCGACUCGCUCGGGGGGUCGGCGCGGACGUACAUGGUCGCGUGCGUGUCGCCCUGCGCCGCGGACGCCGACGAGACGGCGAACACGCUGCGCUACGCGUCGCGCGCGCGGCGCAUC